AUGAGGGGCCAGCAAUUAGCAGAUGAUGUGCCGACCAAAAAGCCGCCCGAGGGGCAGCAGUUGACUAUGAAGGAGAUAUGGGAUGCGGCGGCCAAAGAAUUCGAGACCAUAUGCGGAGAGUCGCUACAGAAAGGCCAAGUCAGGAGUUUCGACGAUGUGCAGAAGAAGAUCAAGGCCGCCGGGCAGGUCUCAAAUAGCGCCGAUGACGAGAAUGUCAAGUGGGAAAAGGCCAAGAGCGUGGGCCUCCAGUCGCUCAAGUAUCUCAAGAUGCUUGUCGGCGCUGCUUCUCAGGCUUCCUCCUUUAUACCGAUCCCUGAAGCGGCGGCCAAUAUCACUGGUUCCGCACUCUGCUUCGUCUUCGACAUCCCCGAAACCAUCAAGGGUUACAACGACGCCAUCAACCAAGUCUUUGGCGAAGUAUCCUCGGCUCUCUCCCAGUUUCACAUCUAUCAAACAAUAGAUGACGCCAACCCAUUACUCAUCCAGCAGAUCCAUCUGGUCUUGGUCAGUUUCGUCAAGGUCUGCGCCUAUGUUGUCAAGUACCGCCAAGGCCGCAAGAGAGACCGCUUCCUGAAGCAGUUCAAGUCCAUCUUUGACGAUGACUCUGGCCUGGCUGACCAGAUGGCAGAGUUUCGGCGUGCUCUGCAGCAGCAGCGCGAUGUUGAAGGGACAGUCACUCUGGCUGUAGUCGUAAACACACAGAAAGACGUCGCACAGCUGCUUGAGCAGUCCGCCGUUUUUGGCAAGACAACUCAAGAGACGCACCAAGCAGUGCAAUCCAUGAAAGACGAUGUUGACCGCAUGAGGACGCUCAUCAAGAUCCGCGACACUCUGGGCGUGCCGUCCACUGUGCGCCUCGACACCAACACCACCCAGACAUGUAACGACAUUGCUGACAAGUGCCUCAGCGGCAUGGGAUCUUGGAUCUGGACACACGAAGCAUAUACCGCUUGGACAGCAACCAAAGACAAGGAUGCGCAGCGUUUACUACUCCUAACUGGUCCAGCAUCUUCAGGCAAGACAUGCGUCAGUGCCCUCAUCACCAAGCGCCUGGAAGAGCAAAAGGGGCGCACAUACGUUGCGCACUACUUCUUCCCCUCUAGCACGAAAAAGGCCGACAACGAAAAGAACUCGAUCCAGUCGGCUUUGAAGUACAUGGCCUUCCAAAUUGCCCGCGUCGAUGCGACGGUGCAAAAGAUACUAGGCAGGGCCUGUGAUGACGAGCCUGCCGCAUUCCGCCGCUCGGCAAGCCUUGAUAGCCUGGAGAGUCUCUGGGAGAGGCUAAAGAUUGGAGCAUCUGGGACGAAUGCCGUAUAUUAUCUCGUGUUCGAUGGUAUUGAAAACCUACCCGAUCAGCAGGUCAAGAUGUUGCUAGACUUCGUCUUCAGCCCCCGAAUGGCAAAGGAAUCGGCCGAGCGCGUGCAAAUUCUGGUGAGCGGAACAGACGAUCAGUUCACAAACUGGCCGGAGAGUAGGAGUGCUCUGAGGAUCCAGAUGGAGAAUAAUAAUGUACCAGACAUGCGUAUAGUAAUCGAAGAGGCGCUCAAUCAACGGGGAAUGCUACAGAAUGCAAGGCCCGACUCGGAGCAGCAGAAGGCCAGAGAUAAAAUUCUCGAUAAGCUGCCGCAAAACGUUGAGGGAAGCUAUUCGCGGCUUCAGUUUGGGUUGGAAGAUGUGAUUCGUCUCCUUAGCACGCGUACAGCAAUGCGGGAACUGGAUCGGAUGCUGGACCAGUCAAUGAGUAGCCACGAAGCGGCCAUUAAGAAUCUGCAGAGGUCUUUGACAGCGGAUGAGAUUAGUGAGUUGAAUGAGUUACUAAAUUGGGUUCUAUUUAGCAACGAAGAGAUGACACUGGAGAAACUUGAAGCCGCUAUGUUUUUAUACUCAGAGACUGAGUCGCUUGCAUCUCUCGAGUACAUCAUAAAAAACAAAUACUCGGCUGUCUUAAAGCUCGAUGAUGGAUGUGUUUAUGGUCAAGAUGGUGUCAAGGAAUACUUGCGCAAGGAUGUAGACUCGGCCGGCCGGUCAUCAAAUACCAAAGAUCGUGCCACCAUCAGCAUGACCAUUACCAUAAACAAUGUGGACCAAGAGCUCUGUGGGCACUUCCUCUGGGAUCUUGCGCACAAGGCGAUUCGGGACAAGUUCAACUUUAACCUUGAUGGCGACGCCUCCAACGCUCUACACGGCGGCAGCAGGGGCACCAUUGCUGUGGAUGAAUUUGAAGCGCACCACACCAUAGUGAUGCGGGCAUUUGAGUAUUUCAACAAGCCGCCUAGGGAACAGACUGCGGCGAUUGGGGAGUACCUUGUCUGCUGGCUCCCGUUUCACUUAACCCGCCUCCGCCAGCUCGAGGACGAAGACCAAGGAUCGCUUAUGCCGAGUGAGCAGUCUGAAAUUGGACAGAACCUGUAUAAACUGUUUAAAAGCGGAGAAGUAUUCUUGCGUCACAAAGAGAGUUUCCAGAAUGUGUGGUGGAUAGCAGACGAAAUGGACGAUGUGCAGAAGUGGUUGAUGGACUCGGCCAUCACGCGAAGGCUGGACAAAAGAUGGCGUGAUGAGGUACAAAUGGCUGCAAGUCCAACAAGAGGCUAUUUGAAAGAGCUCGCGAAGGUAAUUCUAGAAGGGUUUCUGAGGGAGAGGAGUUGGGGGUUCUUCUCGGCCAACCGGUGGAUUCCCCAGUUGAUGAAGGCCGACGAGAGAAGACUGGAGGGACAUAUUGACCCCUCUAAUACCGAUGCUGAAGAUUACGACGAGAUAGACUGGAACCGCGUGGGCACCUGGUGUCAAGGUAUCCUGAUGUUGCCAGACUCGGAGCUCAAUUCCCUCUGGUACGAGCGCCUUGCCACAGCCUCGGGCAUGCAGGACAGCAAUUCCGAUGCUACCAUAUCUCUAUACCAGCGCGCCACAGAGGAGAAGAACCCCAGUUGGCUGUGCUACAGCGGCUUAGGAACCGCGUUUUAUAGGAAAGGGCAAACUGAAGAGGCCAUAACUCAGGUAGAGCUGGCGUUGGAGAGAGCUCAACAAGAAGACGCCACCCCUAAGCCCGAAGCAAAAGAUAUUGUUGGAUUAUACUUAUUAUUGGGCCAGUAUGCCUAUGAGGCAGGCAAUAUGAGCAUUGCGGACAAAUAUUACUCACUGGCAUGCGAUGGAGAGGAUGCAUCCCAAGCGAAAGACGGACAGAUGGGCCGUCUAAAGUCGAGACUAGGCCACCUGAGCGCAGAGGGGGCAAGGGAGUUGCUCAAGAGUACACUGUCUCAGGAGAAAGGGAAAGAGGAGAUGACGGCUGCUAUGGAGAAGUUGGCGCUAGAUGCCCAGCAUGACUAUCUUAUCGCAAGGAUGUUCGCUGUGGCAAAGGAGGAUCCUGAUCUCCUGAAAGAAAUCGUGGCCGUUAUGGAGAGAGCAAUAGGGAACUUGAUGCCAGGCAAGGACCGUGGCUCUGGGGUGUCCACGGAGGACGAGCGUUUCGCCGAGGAUGAGGCUCGCAGUGUUCUCCUCUGCGAUCGGGGAUUCGCGGCAUACGUGUUUAAAAUCUCGCCUGAAGGUACUGAACCCGUCAACGAGGCCCUCCGCCUGUGGGGAGAGAGUCGUGAUUUGCUCGCCAACGUCGGCGGCACCAAUGCUUUACUUACACGACAGCGUGCCGCCACGGCAAUGGCCAGACAUUACUUCCAGAGUAUCGUAGACGGGUUGCAGCUUGACUACUACGAUUCCCUCGCCAAAUUGACCAAGCUGGCUGAUUCAGAUCCUGACUAUAAUUUCUAUCGAAGCGACUCUAUCGGCUUCUUGGGAUCUGUUUUGGUGCUUUGCGGCAAGAAAGAGUCAGCCAAGGGAGUGCUCAUGCCACGGAUUAAACUAGGACUGCAGAUCCUGUCUGAUGACGUGCUUGAGAAUGAUGUGGCUGGUUUUUCCGUCCUUGAGAAGGCACUGGAGCAAUACCAGGACUUUAAGAAUUCCGUCGUCGCCCUAUCUCUGUUGGGACAGGCAGAUCUCGUAACAGAAGCGUUAUUGUUUGAGAUUGACGACAUCACGGAAGUUGAAGUUGACGAGGAAAAGCAGCGAGCAUUGGAUGUGGUGUCAAACUUGGCUACAGAAGUGAUCCAUGCCAUCGAUUCUCAAGUCCCAGAUAAGAAACUUCAAGUCCUGCGUAUUGAAGCGGCCAAGGCGUAUGUCGACAAUCUAACAACUGCGGAGGCCAAGGUUGCGGAGGCCAAGACUGAGGUGAAUGGCAAUGGCGAAGAGAAGAAGUCGGGAGCUUCCGACAUAACUGCCUAUGCACACCACCUGCUACAGUCUCGUCUCCUAACUCUUCAUCAGAAACAUACCCCAGAUAUAGAUAUUGACGAUCUUGCAUGGUCCUGGGCCUGUGACGGCCGCACGUCUGACGGCAGGGGAUGCGGCAAGUGGAACAUUUUUGAGGAUGACUUAUAUCACUGCAUCUACUGCUCGAACAGAGACUUCUGUGGCGAUUGCCUCGCCCGGCUUCGCAGCCCCGAGGGUGUAGAGAUGAUGGAGUGCAGCGCAAAGCAUAAGUGGCUGCAAAUCCCCCACCAAGGAAACAGCAUGUAUUUGAGCACGAAAGCCAAAAGCGUGCGAGUCCCGAUAGAUGUGAGGCCUUUGGAUGGAGAUGAUAGGAUAUUGAAGGCUUAUUAUGCAGAAGAUGGAGGAGAUGAGAUUACAGUAGAGGCUUGGAAGGAGGGAUUGGCUGCUGAGUGGGGUAUUUCGCUCAAGGAGCUCAAGAAUUUGAGUGAUACCUCGAGCGAGGCUGAGAAGAGCUGA